UGAUGUUGCUAAACAUCCCUACUGCACGUUGUUGAUGUUCCUAAACAUCCCUACUGCACGUUGUUGAUGUUCCUAAACAUCCCUACUGCACGUUGUUGAUGUUCCUAAACAUCCCUACUGCACGUUGUUGAUGUUCCUAAACAUCCCUACUGCACGUUGUUGAUGUUCCUAAACAUCCCUACUGCACAUUGUUGAUCUUCCUAAACAUCCCUACUGCACAUUGUUGAUCUUCCUAAACAUCCCUACUGCACGUUGUUGAUGUUCCUAAACAUCCCUACUGCACAUUGUUGAUCUUCCUAAACAUCCCUACUGCACGUUGUUGAUGUUGCUAAACAUCCCUACUGCACGUUGUUGAUCUUCCUCAACUUUCUAUUGCGGGUGGAGCGGCUCACAGUUAGAGAAUAUAGUGGUCGCUAGAUUGUGGUUUCGAAAUGACAUUGACAUAUCCAUCCAUAACUGUUUCCAAACAAUAUUCCUCAGAAAUGACCGACAAAACAAGUAGAAUGCUCAUUUAAACAACAGUGUCACAUUGAUAGUCCAUGGUGCUGAAACUGUCUGAAUGCCAGGAGGCGGAACACAUUGAUAGUCCAUGGUGCUGAAACUGUUUGAAUGCCAGGAGGCGGAACACAUUGAUAGUCCAUGGUGCUGAAACUGUUUGAAUGCCAGGAGGCGGAACACAUUGAUAGUCCAUGGUGCUGAAACUGUUUGAAUGCCAGGAGGCGGAACACAUUGAUAGUCCAUGGUGCUGAAACUGUCUGAAUGCCAGGAGGCGGAACACAUUGAUAGUCCAUGGUGCUGAAACUGUUUGAAUGGCAGGAGGCGGAACACAUUGGACUCAGCUCAUUUCUUCACAACCCCAUCAUCUGUCACUAUGAGGUUAUGGGGGCUUGAGUUAUGGAAACGGGCCUAGUGUCAAGUGUCACCAAAACUCACACGCUGUAGUCUCUCUGCCCAGUCGGCUAUAGACACCAUAUACUAUUUCAGCAUUUCUCACAUUGGAUUUAAGUUAAGAAAAACUAUAGGCAGCUUCAAAAGGGAUAUGCAACGCACAAUUCUCAAUCUGUCAGCCUAACCAUGUGACCCAUUCAGAUCUCAGAGGACCAGAGCCAUGCAUGCGUUCCUCAUUAUUUGGCAAAACCUUAGCUAUCCUAAUCGUCAGACUGGGAGAUUAAUAUCUGUCGAAGUUCAAAUAAAUAAUAAAGCUGCAGUCUCAUGUUUCAGGCCCUCUGAACAACAUCAUUGGACUGGUUCUGUGCUGGCCAGCAGACGCAAGGCAAUCUCCAGUGACUAGUGCACAUGUGUCAAACUCAUUCAACGGAGGGCCGAGUGUCUGAGGGUUUUCGUUCCUCCCAUACUUGAUUUAUGAAUUAAGGUCACUGAUUAGUUAGGAACUCCCCUCACCAGGUUUUCUAGGUAUUAUCGAAAAGAGAAGCCAGCAGACACUAGGCCAUGUGUCAAACUCAUUCCAUGGAGGCCCUAGUGUCUGUGGGUUUUCGCUCCACUCUUAUUAAACACACACACACACACACACACACACACACACACACACACACACACACACACACACACACACACACACACACACACACACACACACACACACACACACACACACACACACACACACACUGACAUACACACACUUUCGUCCCGUUCCAUUACUUUAAGAAGGGCCACAUCCUUUGACACUGAGACAAAAGGAGAAAGAGAGUCCCCUUUCUAUAGUAUUUGCUUGUAGUGUUCUUUCAUUAAAUAACUAUUUCCUUCCUCUUUUAGACCACUCAUCUGCGUUUUUUCACCUAAACUGUUGUUUCAUUUUCUGGACAUGUUUCACAGAUGCUAUGAUGGAGGAUUCAGAGACUGCUCUCUCACUUCCUCUUGGUCUUGUAUAAAGUAGUGCUAGUUACACAAAACCACUCACUCACACUGCUCUAUUAUACUUCACUGGCUUGGUACAGUACUGCACUGGCUUGGUACAAUAGACCUGGAGAAGCUGGAGACAUUGACCUGAAUACAGCGAGGAGAGGACCACACCUCCAACCCAGAGCAACAGGUGGAGGACUGCAUGACUUGAAGAGAAGCAUUGCAUCAUUUGAAUUUGAAGCCAUGCUGUGUGAGAGCAGACUAUGGAGCAUGACCUACUGUAGUGACCAGGAUAGACUGGACCCUCUCCCCCCUGUAAUAGAGCCCCCCAGGAGCAGCGUGAAGGCUGGGUCAGAGCCGGCUGCAGCCACCCUGCUUCAGGCCUCUCCAGGCCAGCCAAGCAGAAAUGACCACUCCAUCCUCAGUAGAGUGCCCCAAAACCAGAGGCCCUCCCAGGCGAGUGCCCAAAUCCAGCCCCAGGCUUUUUCUCCACCGCAGGAUCUGCAUUCCCAGAGGCCCCAUCCUGACAGACACAUCUCCCCAGAGAUGGAGAUCCCUGGGCAGUCUUGUUCCGGUGGCGAGGUCCCCUUUCUGGUGCCCUCCUUCUGCCAGAGCAUCUGUCAGAACUACAGCGACCUCCACAUCGGGGGUGACCAGGUGCUGCCUCUCUCGGCCCACAAUGGGGAGGUCCUGCCCUGUAGCGACAACCAAGCCAACGGCCCCUUCCUCUAUUCCUGUGACGUACCCCCGGCCGCAGAAGACUCGCUUCUGCAUCCUCUCCAGUGGGGCUCAGGCUCCGAGUCCUCCCGCUGGAGGGCGGGCAGCGGCCGCGACCGGAGCGUCCUUCUUCAGGGGCUCGAGGGGCCACUCUCUAACUCGCUGCUCAACCGCUACCUGGAGAACAAGAUACUGGACCUGUACCAACAGUACAUGCUGGAGAACAUGGCCCAUGAUGGGGGCUGUGGCGAGGGCUUGCCCUGCCCUCUGCUGGCCUCAGAGUUGAUUCUUACCAGCCUGGAUCAGAUCACCCUGCAGCUGAGCCGUGAGGGUCAUCUGGAAGCGGGUCGGGCCAAAGACAUGGUGCUCAGCUGCCUCCUGAGGGUGGCCAGCGGCCUGCAGUCCAGUGAGAUCAGUACUCCCCUGCUACAGAUCUCCAUGGAUCUGCAGCUCCCCACUGAUACUGCUACUGGUGCUGCUGCUACUGGUGCUACUGCUACAUCUACACUUGACUCAUCUGUCCUCCAGUACUAGACAGGUUCACUCUCCCCCUAGCUUUAAAGUCUGAAAAUCACACUCCCCUGUUUCUUAUUUUUCUACUUUCACCCAGGUUUUCCCUUUCUCCUCUCAGUUUCCCUACAUACCGUUCUGGGGAAAUGAAACCACUUUCAAACAGCUGCAGUGAUAGAAAUGGAAAUUCAGGUGGAAACUGUGGUUGAGAGGAAAGAGAGCUGCACUGUUCUCAUGUUUUCAUAAAGAGAACAGUAACUUUGUAUGUAAUGUUAUUGUCUCAUUUUUUU